UCUGUGGUGAAGCAUCCGCGUACGUGCAUGCAUCUUGGGCGCGGCAAGUGGCUCGCAGGGAAAGUGUGGUCUUUACUGAGCGUGCAUUAUCUAUCAAGAAGCGCGCCGGAUGCACUGUGCACGCCACCGACGUCACCGGUGCUGGGCUGCUGGCUGUCCUUGCGUUUUGGAGAACGACAGCGCCUCAUCUUCACUCUUCCUGAUUACUACUCAACCUUGAUCAUCGAGACGAUUGGCAUGCAUUCUUGACAAAAGACACCAGGAGACGUUCAGUUCAACAUGUACUGGCCAGUUUUCUCGGCACGGCGGCUGCAUCUUUCGCCGGCAGGCUUGCAUCAGCUGCCGCCAGCAACUGAGGAGGAAGCAGCGGCAGCUCAAGUCUUAGCCCAGGCGAACGGCCCCCCGACGGCAGCUACGACUUCGGGGUUUCCUCUAGAAGUUCCAAAUGGAGCUGGUCCAUCAUCAGCGGGACCUUCCGCGUCGUUCGGGCGGUCAUUCCAAAAUUGUGCACAAGAUGGAGGCGGGCCAGAAGAUCAAGAGGAGCUGGUGGAUGUUGCGCGCUCGCGAAACGGAGCGCAUUGGAUCAGCCUAAGUCCGUACACGAUCGCGGUGUGGAGCACGCGUCCAUCACAGGUUAUUGCAGCCCUGCGGCGUACACGAAAGAGCGUUGACGAAUAUGGAGAGAACGUCAAGGUGCAAUGGCGGCCAAAUGGGCUCGGCUUGGUGAUCGAGACGUCAAAGUCGUUCCUGCUCCUCUACAAUGUUUCCUUCCUUACUCCAGCCAUUUUUUCCUACGUGCCUCCAUCGGGUACUGGGGCGAAAUCCGCCACGUCAAACGAGCUGUUCACACCUACGCCUGCAGCGUUGCAAGCCGUCUUCCAUCUUUCUCCUGGGGAACACGCAAGCGUGAAGUAUGGGGAUGGUUCUCCUGCAGGUACCCGUGGCCGCGGCAACCUCAACGGGAUGGAAAAUGGCGCAGGAAAUUCGGGCAGUUCCAAUGCGGAGAUGUGCGAGUUGCGAUUUAGUAUGGCGCUCAAGAUUGACGCAGGAUUAGGGUGUUGCGCGCCUACUGAAUCGCAACUCAUCGUCGCCACCCUUAAUCCACCUGCGGUGCAGGCGAUACCGUGGCCUGAUGCACCGAGCUCUAUCUCGGGUGCUGCGAAGCGACAAGCACUGGCAGCUGGGAAAUCACGAGCUUCCAUCGAGGAAGCGGAGCGGCAAGCUCAACCAGCAACGCGAACAUCUCUCAUCAGCCGGCUUGACUGGAUCCAGCUAUCGGCAGUCUCGCGCGAGUCCAACGCAUCUCUGAACGGCUCUAGCUCAGCGUCCGCCUCAACUUCGACAUCCGUACCCGCCGCAGACGAAGACACAGAUCCGCCCGGCCUACAGGAGGCGACACACCCGCAAGAAGUAUACGUCCGGCAAAUAGAACAUUCGCGCGCGAUGGACCUGUUUGUGUGGAUCACCUCCGAUGGUCGAGCCCAUGCCGCGCACCUGGAUGUCGAUGCCAACUGUUCUUCGGGCUUUUGGGAAGGACGCAGCUUUCACGGCCUUCAGCGCUUGCAGCUGCGCCGGCGAGCUUCGGGUGUCAGUGUUGCGGGCCCCGAAGAGAGCUCCAAGCAGCGGCAAACCAGCUUUUCGGAUCUCAAAGCUGGUAAGCUGGACAUCAAGGGCAAGCAGCCCGCGCUGGACGCCGAGGUACCGGAAGAGAAACGAGCAGUGCAGUCCGCUGUCAAUGCACGUUUCAGUCUGAUAGCAAUUGGCUUGCAAGACGGCACAGUCGCCAUCUACUCUUAUCGCAGUCCGGAUCGAGUGCCGCUUCAGACACAUAUUCUGUCUUUACGUCAAUCUUACAAGUCAACAGCAUCCUACCUGACUACGGGACCCGUGACGAGCCUCAGCUGGACCAGCGAUGGACAUGCGCUUGCAGUUGCGUGGGAGAACGGUUGGGCAGUGUGGAGCACCUACGGCAAGUUGAUGGGAUGCAGUCUGCGAGAAAGCUGGACAGGCAUGCAUAAAAAGUUUAUGGACACAUUCCUCUUUGGCGCCAAGCGUCUCUUCUGGGGUCUCGGCAAUACUGAACUCUACUUUCUUGCGCGGAAAAAGGAAGACCGUGCAUUUGACCCGGACAACCAGCUCUUCGUACUUCCGUUUGCCAAAUCGACCAUCGCAGGUCAGCACUCACCGGACAAUACACGAUAUGCCUUCGUCCAGCUCGAUGACAGCCUGCUCGUUUACCGCGGAUCGGACCAGCCUGAUGUCAGCAUAAUCAAUCCGGAGAGCGACAUCUGGCAUCAUAUCAAGAUACCCCAAGCAUACAUUGCCAGCAAUUGGCCGAUCCGCUAUGCCUGCAUCAGUAGCGACGGCAAGCUUAUUGCCGUCGCUGGAAGGCGAGGUCUGGCGCACUACAGCACCGUUUCUGGGAGAUGGAAGACAUACACCAAGCUCCAACAAGAGCAGUCCUUUGCCAUUCGAGGUGGGAUGCAAUGGUUCCACCAUGUGCUUCUUGCUGCAUGCGACUUUGGUGAUGAGUACCAGAUCCGCAUGUACUCGCGCGAUCUGGAGCUGGAAAACUCGCAGCUGCUACAUCUCGAAAGGGUCAGCAGCCCGGUGUUGUUGACUUCUCUGUUCGAGGAUAGUUUGCUGGUUUACACUGCGGACAAUACUUUCUACCACUACCUUAUCACCACGACGACGGAUAGCAUCCGCUUGAAGCUCUGCGGAAGCAUCACGUUUGACGGUGUCGUUGGGGAGCCGAGCCGAGUGCGCGGUAUGAGCUGGAUGGUGCCACCCUCGCAGCAAGAGUUCGGCGACCCGAUCGACGACUUGACCGUGGCAGCGAUCAUAUUUCUCAUUGACGGAAAACUCAUCUUGCUCCGCCCGCGGCGACUGGGGCAGGAUGAGGAGGAGGUGGCGUACGACAUGCAAGUUCUUGCAGAUCAGAUAGAGUUUUACUGGACGCAUCUGAAGGGAAUCGGGGGACUGGAAAAUUCACUUUGGGGAUACGACGGCAAUUCAGUGAAGGUGUGGCUUAAUGCGCUUGCACUAGAUCAACCCCGGCGUAUAGCAAUCAGCAAUUCUGAAAUGGACGACUCGGAGGGGCCUUCAGACGCUGAAGAUGAAGGGCAACACGACGGCUAUAAAACGAUUGAGGAAAGCGUGACGCUCGGGCUGGACUUUUAUCCGCUAUGUGUGCUGAUGGAGAAGGGUAUCAUCAUCGGUGUUGACCCUGAUAUGUCGCUUCGGAAGACGCUCGACUUCGUCAUCUUUCGAAGUAGCACAAAUACACAUCUCUUCCUGCAACAAGUGCUUCGAAACCUACUAAAAAAGCGGCACGUGCGGCAUGCCGUGGCCUUCGCGUCGCAUUACUCUCAACUUGUCUAUUUCGCACAUGCCAUGGAGAUCCUUUUGCACGAUGUGCUUGAGGAUGAAGCGGAUGCUGAAGGUCUCAAAUCGCUACCAGCAGGGACGGAUGGUAAUCGCGGCACGGACGAGAACGCCAAGCGACUAUUGCCUCUGGUUAUUGACUUCCUCGAUCACUUUGACGAUGCCUUGCGCGUCGUGGUGAACUGUGCGAGAAAGACGGAGCUCACACGGUGGGGCUAUCUCUUCUCCUAUGCCGGCAAUCCCACCGACCUUUUCGAAAAAUGUCUUGAGCGGGAUGAGCUCAGGGUCGCUGCAUCGUACCUCCUCGUCCUGCACAGCUUGGAGAGCGUCGAAGAGAGCACAGUAAUGACAGUCCGGCUUCUGCGACGUGCGGCUUCAAAAAAGAAAUGGGCCUUGUGCAAGGAUCUUCUUCGCUUCCUUCGCAGUGUGGACGACACCGGCGAUAUGGUCCGGAAUGCCAUCGUCCAGGCGGGACUUCUAGAAGGCACAUCUGCAGACGUGACGACAUCCACGCUAAAUAUGGACAAUGAGCACUGCAUCGAAGGCGUGACACCUAGGGCGGCAACGUCGAGCCGGAUGGGAUCGCCGAGCAUCGUGAUUGAUCCAGCGCCUCUCCUUCAACGCAGCACCUCAGCGCCAAACGCACUUGACCCGACGCUAGAGGAAGAGGAAGAGCCGGAUGACGGCCAGACCGUGCUUGACUAUGGCUCACCACGGGAGAACUCGCUGUUUGGCGAUACGGUGCUUUUGCACCCUUCAGCCGCUGACUCACAUUUGAAAGGCUCACCGUCAAAGAGCAAGCGCAUCAGUGUGCAGCGCCGCGUCUCUGUGCCCAUUGUUCAGAGCAGCAAUGAAAAUCCGAGCACGAACAGCCCUGUCUCCGGUUUCGGCAUGUCGCUGUCGCGGGUGGGUCUGCGGAGCUCAGACCGCCUUGUCAGCCCACAGCAAGUCAGAAGCUUACUCAGCCCCAACAUGGGGCCAGGUCGUUCAAAUAGUCCCCACCCCGUCACAUCCGCUUCGCCCACGCGAACCGUCGAAGAAUUUGUCAUCGAAUAGGACAUGUACAACGAUCUUCACUGCUGACUCUCCAAAUGGCUAUGCUAUUUGGCGCGCUCGCCGAAUCUUGAAUAGAAAUACAGUAAUGCGU